AUGUGCGAUGAGACCGAGAAAUCAAAACAUGAGACGGUUGCACGAGACUAUGAAUAUCCAGAGACGGACACGUUGUUUUUGGGGUUCCACAGCGAACUGAUUGAAGACAGAAACUCAGUGAGCUUUACUGAAGACUAUUUUACGAACGAGUUCGACGACGACACUUACGGAGAAGGAGCCGACUAUGAAGGAGUUAGUGAUGAAUCUUGGCCCUCUGCGGAUUCGUCUGAGCAGAACAGACAGAAAAAGCAGUCGCUUCCCGCCGAGGUUAUUGCACAGGCUGUGGCUAUGUUCGCUUUCGAGCCUCAGCACGAGAACGAGCUUGGAUUUAAAGAAGGUCAACAACUUUGGAUUCUCUAUAACUAUGGUGAGGGCUGGCUGAUUGCAUUUGAUCCCACUACAGGAAAAACAGGUCUUAUACCCGAGCAGUUUGUCGAAGUGUUAUAG